AUGUUCCGGAGGGAGAAAAGCCAGGACAGAAAACAGCCCGUCCAGAAGCAAAAGUCUAUCGGCUCUGAGGGCAAAGAUCUACUUAAAGCGUUCAGCUUCAGGGAUAAACCGAAGGGAUGUAAAGAGGCGGAGCCAAAAAAGAAGGCCCCGCCUUCUAAGGGCGGGACAACGAGUGGGCGGGGCAAGGGAAGGGAGGGACUGAAGCAGGACGAUUUUCUGAAGGCGACGAUGAGGAUUUUUCUGGUGGUAUCGCCUCCUGCUGGAAAACUACAGGUAAAGUUGUUGUACAAGAGCCAGUAA